AGUGCGGGGCGAGAGGUCCGUUAUAUCAUUAUGAUUGACGAGCCGAUCCUUCGCUAUAGUAGGGUUAGAUGCGCUGUCGAGGAGCUGCAGAUGGGCAGACAUACUGUUCCUCAAACCAUGAUCAGUUAAGAAACUCUGAUAUUGGCAGACGAGCUCAUUAAAAUGGCGAGAGACUUCCCUACAGCAAGUCUGAGUAGCAUCGACCUCGCCUGUUUACGGGAUCCCGCCGGGAUCUUCGAGCUCAUCGAGGUGGUCGGCAAUGGGACCUAUGGACAGGUUUACAAGGGUCGACAUGUGAAAACAGGACAGCUGGCAGCCAUCAAGGUCAUGGACGUGACGGAGGACGAGGAGGAUGAAAUCAAGCUGGAGAUUAACAUGCUGAAGACUCACUCCCAUCACAGGAACAUAGCCACGUACUACGGUGCUUUUGUGAAGAAGAGUCCUGCGGGUCAGGAUGACCAGCUGUGGCUGGUGAUGGAGUUCUGCGGCGCCGGCUCGGUCACAGACCUGCUGAAGAAGACCAAAGGCAGCUGUCUGAAGGAGGACUGGAUCGCCUACAUCUGCAGAGAGGUGCUGAGAGGUCUGUUACACCUGCACUCACAUCACGUGAUUCAUCGAGAUAUUAAAGGACAAAACGUGCUGCUGACGGAGAACGCUGAGAUCAAACUGGUGGAUUUUGGCGUCAGCGCUCAGUUAGACCGAACGAUUGGCAGAAGAAACACGUUCAUCGGGACGCCGUACUGGAUGGCGCCGGAGGUGAUCGCGUGCGAUGAAAACCCUGACUCCACAUAUGACUACAGGAGCGACGUGUGGUCUCUGGGAAUUACCGCUUUAGAGAUGGCCGAGGGAGCGCCACCCUUGUGUGACAUGCAUCCCAUGAGAGCGCUGUUCCUCAUUCCACGAAACCCUCCUCCCAAACUCAAGUCCAAGAAAUGGUCUAAGAAGUUUCAGACAUUUGUAGACAGCUGUCUGGUGAAGAACUACCUCCACCGGCCGUCCACAGAGACGCUCCUGCGUCACUCCUUCAUUAAAGACCUUCCCAAUGAGCGACAGGUGCGCAUCACGCUCAAAGACCACCUGGACAGGACCAGGAAGAGGAGGCGAGAGAAAGAGGGGACAGAAUAUGAAUACAGUGGCAGUGAAGAUGAAGAAGAUGCCAUGAAUGAAGAUGAAGGUGAACCCAGCUCUAUAGUCAAUCUUCCCGGAGAGUCCAUGUUGAGACGGGAGUUCCUGCGUCUGCAGCAGGAGACAAACACACAAACACACCUGCUCCAGCAAACACACAGCCAGGACAACUACAAGAGACAGCUGCUGGCCGACAGAAACAAGAGGAUCCAGCAGCAGCAGGAGGAGCGCCGUCGCCUCGAAGACUCUGACCAGCUGUGGCUGAUACACGAGACCGGACUCCAGUGGCCAGAGCUCCAGGAGAUGAUGUGGCAGGAAGAGACUGACCUUACCGAGAAAACCAGAAGAAACCACAAGAAACAGCCCAGAGACGGUGAACAGCCCAGGACUGAUCCUGAAUCAGCGGCUGCUGAGCAGCAGGACCGGAGAGCUCAGCCCAGAGACCAGCCUCGAGACACACGGCACGAUGGGCUGGCAGGUAAACUGGAGUCGCUGGAGGCUCGUCUGGUCAAUCUGAACAGUAUAGCGGUGAGGAUUCCUCAUGUUCAGUCUCGUGUGGGGUCAGGGAGCAGCUCCAGUCCGUGUACUCCAGCGCUGCAGAGAGCGGCCAAACCGCCGAGCAUGAGCGUGAGUCCCAGUCGAGAGCUUCAUCACAGCAGCUCCGUGACAGACCUCUCGUCUGCUCCUCUGUCUCCAGCGCUCGAUGAAGUCUUCUUCAGCCCUGACGAGCAGCCUCCCAAGAUUCCAGAGCGCACGACGUCGAAGUUCAAAGAUGUGGCGAGUCCUCACAGACAGGGGUCCAGCGGCGAUGGUCCGUCUGCUGUGAAGAUGUCCUUCAGCUCCAGCAGCAGCAGCAGCAGCUCACACUCAGGUCUCUGUGUGCUGGACAGUGCAGCUCAUCCAAGCAGAAACGCUCAGACGUCACCGCAGAACCAGGGUUUGGGAAUGAAGUCUCCGUUCAGUCCGUUAAUGAAGCUUGCGGAAUAUUCUUCCUCCAGUGAUGAAGAUGACGAGAGGACCAGGUCUCCGUUGAGCAAUGGCAGGCCGCUGUUAUCCAGAGGAGAGUGUGAUGAAAUCAUUCUCCAGCCUCAUCACAGCGCUACACAGCAGCAGCAGAGUGCAGCAAAGCCAGCACAUAGCGUCCAUCAGAGGCCUUCAGGACCGCAGUCCAGCGACAGCUGCUUUCUGCCCGACCUGCUGCACAAGAGCCCCUCGCACCAGCAGAGCGCGCUCCCCAAAUUAUUCAGUAACCAGGCAGGAAAAAGCUCGUCAUCUUCCUCUUCCUCAUUCUCACCUUUCAUUGACCCGCGUUUGCUCUCUCCACCUCAGAGUCCACAGGGAUACGGCCAGCUGAAUGGCAGGUGUGAGCCGUGCGUCAGACAGCCUCACAGGAAGGGCUCGGUGGUGAACGUCAACCCCACGAACAUCCGUCCUCAGAGCGAUGCCCCAGAGAUACGCAAAUACAAAAAGAAGUUCAACGCUGAAAUCCUCUGUGCCAGUCUGUGGGGAGUGAAUCUGCUGGUGGGCACCGAGAGCGGCCUGUGGCUGCUGGACCGCAGUGGUCAGGGUAAAGUUUACUCUCUCAUCAGCCGCAGACGCUUCCAGCAGAUGGACGUGCUGGAGGGGCUCAACGUGCUCAUCACUAUAUCAGGUAAGAAAAACAAGCUGAGGCUGUACUACCUGUCCUGGCUGAGGAAUAAGGUCUUGCGUAAUGAUCCGGAGGUGGAGAAGAAACAGGGCUGGACGUCAGUGGGGGAACUGGAGGGAUGUGUGAGCUAUAAAGUGGUUCGCUAUGAAAAAAUAAAGUUCCUGGUCAUCGCCUUGAGGAGCGCUGUGGAGGUCUACGCCUGGGCUCCCAAACCGUAUCACAAGUUCAUGGCUUUCAAAUCGUUCAGCUCACUGCCUCAGAAGCCGCUCUCGGUCGACCUGACGGUGGAGAACGGACAGAGGUUAAAGGUCAUCUACGGCUCUCACUUUGGGUUUCAUGCUAUCGAUGUGGACUCGGGGACACCCUUCGAUCUCUACCUGCCCAGUCAUAUCCAAGGUGUGAUUCGGCCGCAUGCCAUCAUCAUCCUCCCCAGCAGCAGUGGGAUGGAGCUGUUGCUGUGUUACGAGGACGAGGGCAUCUAUAUUGACACCUAUGGCCGCAUCACCAGGGAGACGGUGCUGCAGUGGGGGGAGAUGCCCGCCUCUGUGGCUUAUCUUCAGUCGAAUCAAGUGAUGGGAUGGGGAGAGAAAGCCAUCGAGCUGAGAUCCGCCAAGACGGGCAGUCUAGAGGGAGUCUUCAUGCACAAGAAGGCUCAGAAGCUCAAGUUCCUGUGUGAGAGAAACGAUAAAGUGUUUUUCGCGGCGGUGCAGUCGGGUGGAAGCAGUCAGAUCUACUUCAUGACGUUAGGACAGAGCACUCUCUUCAGCUGGUGAUCGUCUCCAUUCACAGGCUGCUGCUGCUGAAAGUACACACUCCAUAUCACAGACCAACCUUCAAGAUUCAAUCUGUCCACUUUCUGUAUUCACAUGUAAACAUUUGAAUAGAAGUGAUAUAUUAUAUACAUACUGUAUGUAAAAUAGGUGAUAUAUUGCGUUGUGUCUGACAGUGUCAGCAUUUGUCUUGAUCUGUGCUUAAAACAUAAACCUUGUUUUGCAUUUCAAUUUUAACUUUUUAUUACCAUGUCAUGUUGAUAUUUUGUCCCUAAUACCUGAUUAUUUUAUUGUAUGAUAAUAACCAUGGCUGGUACACGGUGAACCCGAUACUAACAGCUAAUAGAGUAACUGUCAAACAUUGUAGCAUCUAUCGAGGGAAAUACUGUAGUCGACAAUUCAGAAUAGAAAUGAUUGAUUACUGAUGACUGAAACCAUCUGAUAACUGCAGACAUUCAGCUUAAUUUCACAGGCUUUCCAAGUAAACGCAUUUAAUUAUAACAAGUGGCAGUUUAUCUUAUUUGUUUUGUUUAUUAUAGCUCUCACUGUACUAAAACACAAACAUAACUAAUAAAAACAUAAAAAAUAAAAGUAGGAUGUCCCGAGCCGAUCUCAAGGAUGGGGAUUGGGGCCGAUCAAGUGUUUUUAACUGAUUAGUUUGGGUGGAUACUCAGUGUUCAGUGACUCGGAUCGGAUCAGUGGCACGAAAGACCUGAUCGGGACAUCCCUAAAUAAAAGGUUUGUUUAGUUGCUGGUUAUACACAGGUGUUUAGCAUGCAGAUUAAAUGAUUGAUCUUUGUCUGCAGUCUGAACAUCACUAUUCAUUUGCUUUGUUUUUCUUCUGUACGUUUGAGAACUCACCUUUGAUUGGCAUCAGUCUUUGCGGCCACUAUUUCUCAAUCAGUUGUUGAGCACAUUUCACAGAUGACAGUGUGUUUUCUGCUCUUUGUUUUGGCCGCUGGUUCUGCUUAAUCAGGCUUCACUAUCGAUUCUUUAGGUACAUGUCAUGCAUCUGAGCUCAAGUGUAUAUAACACAAAUACAUAAUUCACAUACUUGAAUUCAUGAAAUAAAUGCAUCAGUACGUCUCUCUCUGAUAGUGUACGGUGUGUGUGAGACGUCCAGAGACGCUCAGUACACUUCUGUCACUUAACAUGUGUUCGCUGGUAGCCACAUAGUAUUAGUUCAGUGUCACAGGACAGUUCUGAAACAUUUUCAUUGUUUGAAGCUUGGUUGUGUGUGGAAAUCAUAGCAAGUGCGGAGCGUCUGUGGAGGACUGAUUCGUGACGCAGGUGAUGCUGUCGUUUCUCAGCAAAGAAAAGAGAAGGGAGUGGAAGAUGAUCGUAGGAGAGAGAGUUCAAGAAAGUUGAAAUGUAGGAAAUCAGAGUUGUAAAAGCCAGAGGUGUGGCGUUUGGGAUCAGAUGGAUUGAACUGUCCAUUGAAAUGUUAUAUUUGCACUCAAAACACACGUGCUUGUGAAGAUGCAAUACUUGUGAACCACAUGCACUUUACAUCACACGCAUACAGACUAACUUGCUUAACUGCUGUUAUAGUUUCACACAUUAUUGAUUUCACUCUUUUAUUAACAAUCCAACU